GUUUAUUGUUACAACUUAGUUUCCCGCAUAUUUUAUAUUGUCGGUAACAGUUAAAAAUAAAUUGUGUGUUGUUUCUGUCCUAUUAUUUUAAUACAAAAUGUCGAGUACUUCCCAAAAGCAUAGAAACUUUGUGGCUGAACCGAUGGGAGAAAAGCCUGUAACAGACUUAGCCGGUGUUGGUGAAGUAUUGGGAAAGAGGCUUGAAACUGCUGGAUUUGAUAAGGCUUAUGUUGUGCUGGGUCAGUUUUUAGUCUUAAAGAAAGACAAAGAAUUAUUUCAAGAAUGGAUGAAAGAAACAUGUAGUGCCAACUCAAAACAGUCCUCUGAUUGUUAUGAGUGUUUAAAAGAUUGGUGUGAUGAAUUUUUGUAAAUUCUUGACUUUUACAUUGUUAUAUAAUAAGUACCAACCACAAAGAUUAAAUUAUAUAGACAGACUUCAUAUAUUUUGUAGUAUAAGUAAAGGUGUUUGUUAGCAAAAUAUUAAAAGUAUAUAAGUUCAUUAAUGACACACUGAAAAUCCAUUUCAGCACCUUUUCUGCUGAUAGCUAAUUUUUUUAUAAAAGAUCUAUUCAUAUAUUUCAAUAUAACAUUACUUUUACCAGUAAAUGGCACAAAUUGUAAUAUUUAAAAUUACCAUAAAGGGUUUAUUACCAUAGAAAACAUAAAAUGUAUGGAUGAAAUCCUGUCACUGGGAUUAUGUUGAUGACUUAUGUAGAUUAACUUUUCAGUUUGCAAUUAAGUAUCUAGAUGUAUAACAAUAAAGCCCUCUAUUGAGUGUUAUACUCGCUGCCUUAUUGGAACAACCAAAUGUAGAAGCUGCCUAUGUAUGUAUUCAAGACUAAACAUAUUUUUGUAUAUAUGGUAACUAUAAAUAGAUCUAAGAAUGUCAAUUUUCAUAUCUCGAUUUAUAUUUGUUAAUAAAUAAAAAAUAAUCUCACUAAUUAAAA